AUGUAUUUUGUCGUUCGCUUGACCUUUGAGUCAGAUAUUGGACUUGACAAAGCCUUCUACCAAGAAAGUAACAACGAAUCUAUUGAAAACUUCAUCACUGAUUUUGAAGGUUAUGCCGCUAUGAAGGAUUGGGAUGAAGAUAAGAUGAGACUUGUAAUUAGCCUGUACGUUGCUGAACUUUUGCGUAAUUGGAUCAGAGAUAUUGUUGGUGCCAAGAAGACCUGGACUAAAGUGAAAAACACCAUACUAAUCUCUGCAAAAGCAAAAUAUGAUACUGAAGCAAAGAUCGAAUGUUUAAUGAACCUUAAUAAUUGUGAAAAGAAGCACUGGUAUUUAAGAGGCCUCCCUGAAAAAUAUAGGAAUAAAAUAAAGAAAAGAUAUCCUGAAACAUAUAAAGAAACAAGAGACUGGGUGAUAAAGGUUGAGAAGUUCGAAAAAAGUGAAUACUGGUGUUGGAUCG